UAUUUCUGAUGCCUUGUCCCGGGGUUGGUCUGUCCGGAUGAGAACAGCGGACGGAACGGUUUCCGUCGCCCUCCGGACUGAGGGAUCGGCGGGUCUGUUACCGAGAGGGAAUGUAGUCGGGAAGAGACACGAAACACCGCACCUCACUCGUCGGAGUUCAGGCUGAGGAACGGAGUGGUCAAGUCACAAAACUCUUCCGGCUCGGCUCUCGGUCAUCGAAAAGAUGGAGCAGCACCUUGAUCUCAGUGGUGCUUCCGGCUGCAGAGCAGACAAUGUGCUAGAGAGUCCGAGGAGAGUGCAGCAUGCCAACACGGGCAGGCACUGCUCUUCACACCAGAACACGGGAGAUGGAUGCGCACGUUGCCUGUCUGUGUUCCCAAGACAUUACGAUCAGAGGUUUCCUGACUACAGGCAGCCUGUCGAGAUCGGCUGCUUCUCACUAGACUCUCACCGGCAACUCUUUAACGACGACAGACAGCUGAAGUACUGUCGGGUGCCGUCCCACAAGCAGCUGAACUUCAACUUGCGAGACGGCUUCAAAGACAGGUUUAUAAAAAGGAAUGAGGACAUUAAGGAGAAACUGGAUCACAUCCUGAGGUGGAUUUUACUCAACAGGCAUAAAUUCCCCACAGUGACUAGAGAUAACAGCUCCCCAGCUGGGAAAAAUCAGCUGCACACGGACUUCAUCACGUGGAGAGGACAUCUGACAAAAAUUCUCACCACGCCUUAUGAGAACAGAGAGGGCUGGUUGAUGGCCGUGACGCUGUUUAACAGAACAUAUUACAUGAGCGAGGUGGAGACUGAGGAGGCGAGGCGCCAGAGAGAGCAGCGGACCGAACAGCAAGAGGAGCUGAUGUACGGAGGGUACAAGUUUGAGCAGUACUUGUGUGCAGAUAAUCCAGAUGGGAGUCCGAAUCCGGCCGGAGUGGUUAACACCAACGAAGCAUACUGUAUCGUGGUCCGGACACGACUGAACAGUCACUCCCUCGUGUUCUCCGGUGAGGUGGAUUGCAAAGACAUCUCCAACCCAAGGUUACAGCCCCCCCAGUGUUACCUGGAGCUGAAGACCAGCAGGGAGAUCUACAACGCAAACCAACAGAGGAACUUCUUUCGAUUUAAACUCCUCAAAUGGUGGGCACAGUCUUUCUUGCCAGGAGUCCCUCGGAUCAUCGCGGGUUUUCGGGAUGAUAAUGGCACGGUGGUCUCGCUUCAGACUUUUGAAACGAUGAAGAUUCAUCAGCUGGUCAAGAACGAGCGGAACAGCUGGAAGCCUGCAGUCUGCCUCAACUUCUGUGACGCAUUCCUGUCCUUUGUGAAGAAGGUGGUGACUCAGGACAAUCCCCGGAUGGUGACACUGUUCUCCUGGGCGCCCGGCAAAGAUAUUUCAUAUUCAGUCCACUCAGAUGGUUCAUACACCUUCCUCCCUGACUGGUAUGUGGAAAGUGAAAUUGGACGCAUAGACCCCUUGUGCACUGUUGGUGAGAAAGCCCCGACAUCUGAGUCAACGUUGACAGGAAACUAGGGAUGGAUUUGCCACUGUAACACUACGAUAGUUUAAUGUAGCCAAUCUGUCAAACAUCCUUGUAACAAUUGCCAUGGCAGCAUUGCAAACCUGUUCUGUGUCUGUGUGUUGUGCAUAGUUUGGAGAUGGCACGGACUGCACAGGCACCUCUAAGUCAACAGCCAACUCGAUCUCCCUUCUCCCCUCUGCUUUUAAACCUGCAGGAACGCAGUGCUGCACUUGGCAUCUUCAGAACAUCUCCCUAUCGGUCACAUCCAGUGGCCUGAAUGGCAAGUGUCACUUCGGGCAGAGCAAAUGCACAUGAGGUGUGGAACUGGACUUCUGGAAUUCCUUAUAGUCUACAAGUGUCAUCUCCAAUUAACUGGACUCAGAGCGCGCGCACACACACACACUUACUCCUCAAUUGUACUUCAUUUUACUCGUGUAUAAGCAGAACAGCAUGGCCCCUGUCAGCACACUGCUCUGGAACCAGGACAGAAAAUUGCUAUUUUUAUACAGAAUUGAUUUAUCUGUUAUGUAUAUGGGCCAUUCGGUAAAUUGUAUCUGUUUGAAUUCCUUCUUUGAAAGAUCAAUCACUAUUUACAGUAGAGGUGGUAAUAUAAAUUACAAGCUGACAACCAGUGUUACUUUCAUGUUAGUAAAGCAACUGUCUCUUAGUUGUUGCAAGUGUUUCACGUCCUUCCAUUAUUCUUAUCUCGUCUGUCUCCGGCACCCUCUAUUAUGUCAAGGAGAUCUGUGUUCUUUAAAGAACUAUCUAGAAGCCUCACUUGUCUGGGUUGAUUACACACUGUUGCAGUCAUCCUCGCCGUCGUC